UCUCUCUCUCUCUCUGUUUUAUCAUUUCUUUUGUGCACUGUCCUCUCUCUCUUUAUCUCUCAUGUCUAGUGAAUAGCAAAAGAUAAACCUUUGUCUAUCAUCUCUCUCAUUUGUUUGAGAAAAGUAAAGUUAGAAAUCUCAAAUCCCUUUUCUCAAAGGGUGAGUGAUUCUGGGGGAAAAAAACCUCAUCAAGCUCAUUUAGAUCCCUACCAAAUCUGCAACCAAAAGACCAUGAUUUGAUCCAAAAAAACCCACCCCAAAAAAAUGGGUUUUGGUUUCUCUUCAAAACCCUUUUUCCUUUUCCUCUCAUUCCUCCUUUUCUCUUCUCUUCUUCACCUUUUCCCCCCAGUCGAAUCAGCUCCAGACUACACCACACUAGUCUACAAAGGCUGCGCAAAGCAGUCCUUCACAGAUCCAGCCGGGAUUUACUCCCAGGCCUUAUCGGCCAUGUUCCAAACCCUGGUUUCACAGUCCAUGAAAGUGAAGUUCUACAAGACAACCACCGGCACUGGCCAAACCACAAUCACCGGUCUCUUCCAAUGCAGGGGAGACCUCAGCAACACCGACUGCUACAACUGCGCCAGCAGGCUCCCGACUUUAGCCGACAAGCUUUGCGGCAAGACAUUAGCUUCAAGGAUCCAACUUUACGGAUGCUACAUGCUGUACGAAGUCGCCGGCUUUACUCAAAUCUCCGGCAUGGAGAUGCUAUUCAAGACUUGCGGCGCCACCAACGUCGCCGGAACGGGCUUUGAAGAGAAGAGGGACUCCGCCUUCUCGGUGUUGCAAAGUGGGGUUGUCAGCAACCAUGGAUUUUACGCCACAAAUUACCGAUCUGUUUACCUCUUGGGGCAAUGUGAAGGAGAUGUGGGGGAUUCGGAUUGUGGGGAGUGUGUGAAAAGUGCUGUUCAGAGAGCUCAAGUAGAGUGUGGGAGUUCCAUUUCAGGUCAAAUUUAUCUCCACAAGUGCUUUAUUAGUUACAAUUAUUAUCCUAAUGGGGUCCCUAGAAGGUCAUCAUCUUCUUCUUAUGCACAUUCAUCUUCAUCUUCAUCUUCAUCAGGGCAAAACACAGGGAGGACAGUGGCUAUAAUCUUAGGAGGGGCAGCAAGUGUGGGAUUCCUUGUCAUUUUGUUGAUGCUUGCAAGGAAUGUCAUGAAGAAGAAACAUGAUGAUUAUUGAAUUUUGAAAUGGGUUCCUCGUGAGGAAAAAGAAGCAUAUUAAUUGGGGGUCUCACCUAUCAAAUUGAAUUUGAAGAUAUGAAAAUUUUUGUUAUUUUCAAUGAAAAUGUAAACAUGAAUUUUUUUUCCACAAAAUGUGAAAAAGAGAGGAUAUAUCGUAAAACUACUGUUGUUUUGUUUUUCCUUCUUCCUAAUUUAGCAGCUUUUUAUUUCCUGGCCA